GCAUGAGAGUAUAAAUGUUAAGAAUAAUUAAAAAAUCAAUUACUCGUUGUGUAUAACUGCUCAGAUAAUCAUCGUCUUAUAGAAAAUGAAAUUUAAUGAAAUGGUUUCGUCUCAUCAGGUGUCGGACAUAAUAAAUGAUACAAGCCUUAAUAACAUUAUCGUUAUACUUACAGCGGUAAUAUUAUAUUUAGUAGUUGUGUAUUAUAAAAUAGUAAGCCGAAGAAAGAUAUCUUUAGCAAAACGAAUACCAGGUCCAGAUGGUUUCUUUUUUGUGGGAAUGCUACCUGUUUUACUUGGAGGACCUGAAAAACUAUUGAAGAAUAUAUUAAAAGUUGGCAGAAAAUACCAGAAUACUUUAUGCAAAGCUUGGAUUUUGGAUCAAUUAUACGUAUUUCCUGGAAACCCCGAAGAAAUAGAAGCGAUUCUUACCAAUCCUAAUAUGUUCAACAAAGCUAAACUUUAUAAUGUUGCUAGCGAAUCAAUUAUGGGCGAUGGAUUAUUUACAAACAGGGUGUUUGACGAAUGGAAAAAUAACAGAAAAUUGGUAGCCGCGGGGUUUAAAUUUUCGAUGCUAAAAUCGUUCAUACCGAUAUUUUACGAGGAAGCCAAAUUCCUGAGCCAAGUAUUGUACGAGAAACGGGAUAUCAAUACAAAUGAAUGCGAAAUAAGCUGUGCAAUCGGGAUGGCGACAAUGGAGAUAAUCGGAAGAACCGCUUUGGGUGUAAAAUUUAAUACACAGAAAAACGCCAAACACGUAUUUUUGGAGAACUUACAUUUCAUCCAAAAGGCUAUGGAAUACCGAGUUACACACCCAUGGUUUCUGAACAGGAGUCUGUUUCAGUUGUCGACGUAUAAACGUAAACAUGACAUUAGCCAAAAUAAAAUUUACAAUUUCAUCGAUGAUUUAGUCCAGAGAAAAAAAACAGAAUUGAGAAAUAGGAUAAACAGUCAAGGAGAACAUAACGAAGAGUGUAUGGGCCUUAAAUGUAAAUCUUUUAUUGAAAUACUGCUCGAGAAUGAACAUCAGAUGUCAUUUCAGCAAUUACGGGAUGAAAUAAUAACUACUAUAAUUGGAGGUCAAGAUACUACAGCUAUGGCGAUAGCGUGUUCAAUAUUUAUGUUGGCUCAUCAUCAGGAUAUACAAAAUAAAGUAUGCUAUAAUACAUAUUCGGUAUUGGAAGAGUUAUUGACAUUAUUUUCUACUGGCGAUCCGGAUCGACAACCUACCUACGAGGAUUUACAAAAGAUGGACUACUUGGAACGUGUAAUCAAAGAAACUCUAAGACAUUUUCCCUCUUUUCCCUUGUUUGGCAGAAACGUUGAAAAAGAAACUGUUAUCGGAGGCUACUUAAUCCCUGCAGGGUCAACGUUCAUAAUUUGCACUCAGCUUUUACACUUAAAUGCAAAUUUUUACCCGGAACCAGAAAAGUUUAAUCCAGACAACUUCUUGCCCGAAGCAUGUCGCAGUCGCCAUCCGUAUUCCUUCCUUCCUUUUAGCGGUGGUUACAGGAACUGCAUUGGUAUGAAAUAUGCAAUGCUCCAAAUAAAAGCUGUCGUCUCAACAUUGGUCAGAUCUUAUCGUUUCAGUCCGUCGGACAAGUGUCCAAAACCAGAAAAUCUUCGUUUAACGUAUGCUGGGACACAAGCGUUUGUCGACGGGUGUUACGUUAAAAUAGAAGAGAGAACGUAAUCAAUUAUUGCAGCAGGGUUUUGAACACAAAUUAUUUACAUAUUUGGGUAUCGUUAUUUGAUUAGUUAUGUAAUCUUAUGGGUUAAGGUUUCGUUAUUUUUAUAGGUUUUAGGUAUAUCGGAGUUAGUUAACUAAAAUAAUAACGUUAAAAUAAAAGAGAGAGAAUGUGAUCAAUUAUUGAAUUAGGAUUUUAAACCAGAAUUAUUUACAUAUUUGGUUAAGGUUGUUCGCGUAAUUAUGUUGAUUUAGUUAACCGAGGUAAUACUUAUAUCUAAUAACACAUGUCGUUCCCGUUCACGCAAAACACAUGUAGUCCAAAAUGGGUGUUUUGAAAAUGAGCUUUUUAAAAUUGUACAAACUUUGAGAUAUUACAUAACGGACUUAAUUAUAAUUAAAAAUCACUCUUUAAAACGAUUUUUAACAUAAUUGGAUUUGAGGGAGUAUAGCAUAUGGUAUACACAAUUGCAUUGUACGUUUUAUUUCAUAAAUAUCUCAAAAAACCCAUACUUGGACUUUUGGUGUUUUGCGCUAUUUUUCAUUAGGCUUAGUUAUUAUUUUGGCUUACCAAUUUGUUGGUGUAUUCAAUUCUUUCAAAAUAUAUCUUCUAUAAACUGUUUAAGCGUCUAUACAAGGUGUUCAACAAUGAUUCGACAAAUGAGAUAACUUUGGUUCUAGUGAAUAUUUUUAAAGUUUUUUUUUUUAAAUUUAUUUAUAUUCAUUCGCGCUAUAAGUACCAUGUUUCUUGUUGCACUUACUUGUUUUAAUUUUAUAUGUAUAUUUUUUUUUUUUUUAAAUAGCCUAUUUUUUUAGAAUAGUUUUUAAAAAAGAAUUGGCGAAAAAAUUUGUAUUUUUAUUCUUACAUUAAAAAGUUAUAGUCAUUUGAAAUUGAUGAAAAUUUGAAAAUUUUUUUCCGCGUU